CGAUUAGUAAUUUACGAAAGAGAUGGUAAAAUAGACAACAAAAAGAUUUCAUUGAAAAUAGGAAAAAUUUUGCUAAUUCCUUUACAAAGUAAAGCUUAAAAUUCCUUUAUAUUAGAGUUCGAUUCUCGAGCCUUAUUUAUCCACAGUGACCCAAUUAGAAAUGGCAAUGGAUGUGAUAAAUAAAUUCUACUCAACAGUACAUACAACAGUGUCACAGCUGUCUGGUGUUCUUCCAGGAAACAACGUCACCAGAGAAUAUGAAGUGCUGGAGCAGGUGUGUACGGCAGGUGUAGGGCUGAUGUGGAAAGUGUACAAUGGUUACAAGAAAAGCACGAAACAGGAAGUCUCCGUAUUUGUAUUCGAAAAGAAAAUCCUUGAGCGCUGGUCGAAAGAUGAUCGAGAAACAAUGUUGGAAACUUUAAGGCGUGGAGUGCAGCAGUUAACAAAGAUACGACACCCACAUGUGCUGACCGUUCAACAUCCGCUGGAGGAGUCUCGAGAUUCAUUGGCUUUCGCCACGGAGCCAGUAUUUGCCUCAUUGGCAAAUGUUGUAGGUGAUUCGGUACGUUCGGACAAAAAACUUUAUGACGUCGAGAUACGUCAUGGACUUUUGCAACUAUUUGACGGUUUGUCAUUUCUACAUAACGACGCUAAAAUCGUGCAUCGCAAUAUUUGCGCUGAAACUAUUGUGAUUAAUAAAAAUCGUAGCUGGAAAUUAUUUGGUUUUGACUUCUGCAUAGCUAAUCAACCGGCGACUGAUGGUAAGCCCUUUUGGCCAUGCCGAGAAUACUCUACGUCUAUGCACGUACUAGCUCAGCCUAGUUUAGAGUAUUGUGCUCCAGAAAUUGCGUUGAAUACUAUAAAUAGCACCGAAAGUGACCUAUUCUCGUUAGGUGUUCUUAUAUUCACUAUUUAUUCGGGUAAACCGUUAAAAAUGUUUGGUAGUGAUUAUAGCUCGUUUCGUCGAUACGCUGCCGAUUUGAAUCAACGAAAGUACCCGCCAAUGAAUAGUAUUCCUAGCGAUUUGAACGAAAGUUUAAGAGCUUUGUUGCAUCCAAGUCCACGCAUGCGGCCACAGUUGCAUGAAAUGAAACAGAUUACAUAUUUCCAAGAUGUUGGCGUUAAGACACUUAGUUAUUUGGAUUCCCUUUAUCAGUGGGAUAAUUUACAAAAAUCCAAAUUCUACAAAGGACUUCCACAAAUCAUACCAACACUACCACAUCGCGUUAACUUACAUUCCAUAUUGCCAUAUUUGGUCAAAGAAUUUGUGAAUUCGCCAAUGAUACCAUUUGUUUUACCUAAUGUAUUGUUAAUUGCUGAGAUGAGCAGCCAGAAGGAAUAUUGCGAACACAUCUUUACGCAUCUGAAACCCAUUUUCAAAUUGACCGAUCCCAUACAAAUACUUUUAAUUUUCAUGCAAAAAAUGGAUCUUUUACUGAAGUUAACACCUGCUGAAGAAGUUAAGUUACACGUUUUACCGCUACUGUAUCGCUCUUUGGAAUGUGAUAUGCCGCAAAUACAAGAGUUGUGCUUAGGUGUACUACCGACGUUUUCCAAUUUGAUCGACUACAACGCUAUGAAAAAUGCUGUGAUACCACGGAUUAAGAAACUCUGCCUGCACAGCACUAAUGUUUCGGUAAAAGUAAAUUGUUUGAUAUCGAUUGGUAAACUGCUGGAAGAUCUAGAUAAGUGGUUGGUGUUGGAUGAAAUAUUGCCAUUCUUGCAGCAGAUACAAAGUCGGGAACCUGCAAUUAUAAUGGCUAUAAUCGGAAUUUAUAAAAUCGCCAUGACCAACACAAAGUUAGGAAUUACAAAAGAUGUAAUGGCGCAUAAAUGUAUACCGUUUUUAAUGCCACUGUGCGUUGAGAACGGUCUUACCAUCGCGCAGUUCAAUACGAUUGUAGCGCUGAUUAAGGAAAUGUUCAGUCGUGUGGAGAAGGAACAACGUGAGAAAUUGGAACAACUCUCAACUAUCCAAAGGGACAACAAGCCACGUGAUGCUUCAGAAAUUUUGACUAACGAAUUGGAGCAGGGUACGAAAACAAACACAAGUCUCAAUAGUAGCGGCAACAGUGACGAUGACAUGUUUUCAGGCUUCUCCAUAUCACAACCAACGAAACAAAUAACUCCAACACAAAUAGGUCAGCAACAAAAACUUAAAACGAACAACGAUGUGCUGAAAAUAUCACACAACGCACAAUCCAAACCUGACAUUCUUUCCUCGUUGAUGAAUUCCAAUCUGACCAAUUUGAAUAACUCCCCAUCACCAAAGUCUGCCGGUGUCGGUAAUACUGCAGUUUCUCCCAUUGCAAAUCCAUAUGCAUUUAGUGGUGGAAACAAUUUAACCAGUCCCAACCAAACUCGCGCGAAUGAUAGUUGGACCAACAAUUGGCAUAGUGCAAAUCCGUUAGUUAUGAAUCAUCAGUUAGCCUCACCACAGGCUAUUAGCAGCAGUAAUAGUAACAACAAUGCAUCGUCUUUGGACAAUUUGGAUCCCUUCGGUAGCAGUAAUAAGAGCGUUAAUACUAGUACGCAACGACCAGCAGUUAACUACAUUUAUCCAACUGGAUAUAAUGGCGGCGGCGGUGGCGGUAUUGGUGUUAGUAACGGUAAUACUUUGAAUAGUAUGAAUAAUUUGGCACCACUGCUACCACAGCAGAAUACCACGCCACAACAGUCGCAGGAUAAUAAGAAUCUGAACACAUUAUCACAACAGGAUAUUUUAAGUUUUCUCAAUUAGUUGAGCAACGACAAAACCUAUGCGUCUCGGUGUAGGUUACAUUACUGUGUCAGCUGCAAAUGUCGGUACAGCUGCGUGUAUAUGUGAUAAGUUAAUUGUGAUCACACUAAAUAACAACACAUAUACGAAGCAACGACUGUAUGGAAGUUGUAUAGACUUAAACAGUAACAAGUGUAAUAAUCCAAGUUUAUGUUUUGUGCAUAUAUGUACGUUUUAGUUAUUUCACAUAUGCUUAUUUCAAACAGUGCGGUGUCGGUAUUUAAAGUGCAAUAUCGUUUCAUUGUGAUUUCAUUAGAUGAAAACGUUUAUGGUAUUCCAGACUAAAGGCCAAAUUAUGCAUGUAAUUUUUAUCUCAGUUGUGAUUUCAUUAAUUUUUCGUUUGUGCUUUUAAUGCCAAAACAUACGUACUGAAAUCCUAUUAAAUGCAAAAAAAGUAGUUUAAAGCAAAAUAUUUUUGUUAGGAAUAAAGGAUUCAGUAAUAUUUACAUAAACAUUUGUAUUGGCGUUUUAUAUACUAGUAAAUUCGAAUGAUAUAAAGAAAGAUUAAAUUCACUUUUGACGUUUGACUGUAUACAAAAUAU